GGGUUUUUUUUCUCCCUAAAAAUCAAUCAUGGCUACGCAGUCCUUCACCCCUGCAUGUAUGAUGGUUGUUUCUCUUAUAUUAUUCUGCAACGCACAGCAGUGGAGUAACAUGCCACUGCUUUUACGAGGACCCCAUAAUAAGCCUAAAACAUUAUCUGACUUCCUGGAGACUAAUCAGGUGGAUCUGGGCAGGCCGGCUCAGAAUGUCUCUUCUUCAGUUACGCCUGAACUGGCCAUCCUGCACAACCACCUGGAUCAAGAUCAGACGCUGUUGCAGCCUGCAGAGCCUGCAUCAUUUCACCCCAGAGGAUACCAGCCACGUCUGGUCCAGCCGGAACCAACAAGAACCAUUCAGGACCCAAAGAAAGCUUUGGAACCAACAAGAACCAUUCAGGACCCAAAGAAAGCUUUGGAACCAACAAGAACCAUUCAGGACCCAAAGAAAGCUUUGGAACCAAAGAGGCAACAAACAUUAGCACAAGGGCCUUCUGGAGAAGAAUUCAAAAUGGGUAAACCGUGGGAACAUUCUAGGCCCAUAGGGCUAGCCAAGGAGCAUUUACAGGGCUCAGUGAAGAGAGAGAUGAUCAAACCAACUAAGAAAUUUCAGUCGCUGGGAAGUCACUUCAACGCUCCGUCUAAUGAGCCAACGUGGAAGCCGGCGACUGUGGAAUCGCCCAAGCCCACAGAACUCGAGUUCACGACACCCGAGCCUGCCCAAACGGUUUCAGUGGAGUGUAAGGAGUCAUUCGUUCAUGUCGAGGUUAACCAGGACCUCUUUGGGAUCGGGCAGUUGAUCAAUCCAGCCGACCUGACCAUGGGUGGUUGCCAGCCAGUAGCCUAUGACGAUGAGUCACAUGUGCUGGUCUUCCAGUCUGAGCUCCACGGAUGUAGCAGUGAAAUUAAAGUCACGUUGGAUAAACUCAUUUACAUGUUCACUCUGGUCUAUAAUCCAAAUCCACUUCCUGACACUCCAAUAGUCAGAACCAACGAAGCCAAGGUGGCUGUGGAGUGUGUCUAUCCACGGAGGUUCAAUGUGAGCAGCAGUGCUCUGAAGCCCACGUGGAUGCCGUACGCCACCACCAAAGACAAAGACGAAAGCCUUAUCUUCUCUCUACAGCUCAUGUCUGAUGAUUGGCAGAGCGAGAGGACCUCCAGCACCUACGUCCUGGGUGACAUGGUGAAUGUGGAAGGCUCUGUGCAGCAGGGCCACCACGAGCCUCUGCGCGUCUUUGUGGACAACUGUGUGGCCUCCAGCGACCCUGAUGUCGACACAUUACCCAGAUACACCUUCAUAGACAACCAUGGAUGCUUUACGGAGUCAUGGCACUCAGGAUCUAAUUCUCAGUUCAUGCCGCGGGUUCAGGAUGACAAGGUGCGAUUCCAGCUUGGAACCUUCAAGUUUCACCAGCAGGAUGUGAGUUUGGUCUACAUUACCUGCCAACUCAAAGCAACCUUCGCCUCGGCACCAAUCGACGCCCUUCACAAAAGCUGCUCGUAUCAGAGUGGGAGAAGCAGCAGGUGGGUGUCUGUUGAUGGCAUGAACGAGGUGUGUGGCUGCUGUGAAUCCAGCUGUAGUAGGAGAAAAGGCAGAAGCGUCGGCUAUGACGGGUUUGCAUUUCAAGGAAUAGCAGCCGUUGGUCCCAUCUCCAUCCACGACUCGCCUGCUCGGCAGAGGUUAGAACCAUCAUCUCACAUUCAAGAAACGCAGAAUUUAUCCGCCGAGGUUGUAGUGUUGGGUGGCGUCAUUGCAGCACUUGCUGUGCUCUGCCUAAUAACCCUAGCCUCUAUGCUGCACAGGAGGCUCCACAAAUCAACACUCCCAUCAAGUGACAACACCUAAUAAAAAAUAUUUAAUCACC